GGGCAUGUGUGGUGUAUGUGGUGUACGUGGUGUGUGCGGCACAUGUGUGGUGUGUGUGGUGUGUGCUGCACCAACCACGCGCUGUCGUGGCCACCAUCUCCUUCUCUCCCUCGCUCCCGACGUGCGCAGCUCUCAGCAUAUAUACCAGUGUGUUUGCAAGUCCGUGUCUCAAACAUGAGUGGUGAUCAACUUUGACCAUGCGGUCAGACUGGGACAAGUCUGUGUGACACGCUUGGGUGUUUAUCGCAGUGGAAAGCUGUGUGGAGAGCAGGGAAGAAGAGGACGACAGUAUUGUGAGGCCUGCGUGGGGACACGGUGACUAGCGCGACAUCUGCCUGGCGGGUGAGCUGUCGUUUGUCGUUGACAGUGUCGCUGUACAGUUGAGUCGGACUUUGUUUAUUUUUCUGCAAGCUGUUCAAUCUACACUACUUAUCUUGAAAAUUGUAGACUACUUACAGCCGGAUAUGACGUCACGCGGGAGGCGGACUUGACGGCGUCAUGACCGUGGAGCUGGACCUGUGGGACAAGCUCCUCAUCGUGUCCGUGGCGCUGCUGUUCGUCUUCCUGGUGCUGCUGCUGACUACGUGCAGUGUCAGCCGUCUGUGCUGGCUCAACCAGUUCUGUCCAUGCAGAGAGGAGGAGGAAGAAGACACCAGAAAACUGCCGCCAGCGUACGGGGCCAUCGAGUACGGAUCCGACGUUGAGCUGCAGUCAAUAAAACAGUCAUUGCGACCCCCGGACUCAGGGAGGGGUCACGGGGCCUACCGGCCACAUCUUGGGUCUAUUCGCGAGUCGGAAACAUCUGAUGGCCUAUCUGACCCGGGUCUGUCAGAGAGAAUUGAACUGAAAAAGAAAAGCACCAAGCUAAAGCGACAGUCAUCGAGCUCAAGUGACAGCGCGGGGUCCGUAGCCAGCUCCAUCCCUGUGUACCCACACCAGAACGUCACCUUGAGCUUUGCCCUCACCUUUGACCAGGCCGAGAACAAACUUAGCAUCCGGGUGAAACAGCUGUCUGGUAUUCGUGUAUCGGACCCAGACAGCGUCCUGGCACCCUAUGUAAAGGUUCGCGUGUACCGCACGCCAAAGCAGUUCUUUCCCUUUAUCGGCAAAGCUGGACGCGAGCAACUGCUGAAUAACCUGGACAUGGAGGUGCAGACCAAGAUACAGCGGCGCUCUGAUGAUCCAGUUUUCAAUGAAACCUUCACCGUAAAUUUGGCACAAAAGGAUCUAAGCAGCCUCUCGUUCCUCGUGUGCGAUUUUGACCGUUACCAGCGACACGUGCUGGUGGGUGAAGUGGAUGUGGACCUGACAACCUUGCAGUGGCCACCCGAAAUGGAGCUGGAGUUCUGUGAGCAUCUAAAGCCGCCCAUGGAGGAAAACCUUGGUCAGAUUCACAUCGGCCUCAUGUACCUCCCUACUUCUGAGAAGCUGACCAUCUUCAUCUUAUCAGCACAAGGGCUGAAGGUCGUUGACCCACACAAGCAGCCUGCAGAGUGCUACGUGAAGGUGACGUUGAUGCACGAUGGGCGGCCCAUGAAGAAGAACAAAACCGAGGCCUGUACUAACGAUAUAAACCCGAGUUUUAACGAGUCGUUCACGUACGAUGUGCCGAGCAGUCAGCUGGAGAAGGUAUACUUCAACCUGCCGUGCUGCACGUGGACAAGGCCGGCAAACGUCACGUGGUGGGUCGCCUGUACCUAGGCCUGAACUUUGACCCAGACGCUCGCGAGCAGUGGUUGGAAAUGGCUCGAAGUUCCAGAAAGCAAGUGACAUCUUGGCACCGUCUUCAGAGUUGAUGCUGUUGUCAGGAUGUCCCUCGCUUUCCGAUGUUAUGAAAAAAAAGAAGAACUUGUCGGACUCACUUUUCAAGUGAGCAAGAAGAAUCUUGUUUUGGCACUCUGAGAUGAGACCAAAGCUAUAUUAGAAGAAAACUGUAAAUGCAGCUCCUUGCCCCUAAAUAAAGAAACAGGAAUCGUUUAUCAUAACUAUCAGGGCCAGAUUUACUCCUCUUUUCACAACUAAAUGAUUCUAGAUGGUUCGAUAAAUCAGGAAAUGACCAGCGUUUAUUUUAACCAAAAUGUAAAAAAAAAAAAAUUAGAAAAAAAUUAUAGAAAUUUACAUCAACAUUAGACUAUUUUUGAUGUUAAGAAACAUUUAUAACUGAACAGCAUAUAGACUUUCUUUCGCUUUUUCGCCACUAUUUUGUUUGGAGAUAGUUUAUAAGACUGGUAUGGGAACUGAUAUGAAAUCAGCACUGGCCAUGCAUUUUAGUUCUCGUAUUUUAACGCACAUUUCCCAUGACGAUGUAUCAAACUUUUCAAUGUAGUUGUGAUCUUUUUUUUCAAGGAGGUAUUGAGGUUAACAAUGCAUUAUAACCGGCAACACCCAGCAAAAAGUGUUCACUGCUGCGUUGUGGGGUUUCUUUCUUUCUCUAGUCGAUGAGGUCUGAUGUCUCGGAGAUUUGCUUACAAAGUUGAUGGACAUUUCUCGUAAAUAUCGUAAGUUUGUGUAUGCUGUUGAAAAAGAAAAUUCUCGGCAUUUUUUCUGUUUUGUUGGGGCAAGGGGAAGGGACUUCAUGCUGAAGUUCACAUUCUUGCCUCCUCAGUUCCUCUUUUGAGGGGCCCAUUCUCCCGUGCUUACGCCACUGGUAUGUUAUGUUUGCCCGUUAACGCCAUCAACGACUGUCUCAACCUGGGUAACGACCUUGUUACGGUUGAUGGAGGAGAUGACUCUGUUUGCUGUUCAUUUCCUGCCUCAACUUUCAUGCGAUCCGAUUGGGCAAUGGCUAGCACUUAUUACCACCAAUACAUUGAGGAAUGCUGUCCUCGGUUCAGAUCUCGUCUCGGGCUCAGUGUUCUUCAGACUGAAAGAGUGCAGUCCGAUGUUUUCCUUCUCCAAACUUUGCUCUUUACUCCUUUUCAGUGGUUUAUGCAGAAUUAUCAGUUAUUGUUAAUAUUGUUUGCUUAGACAGUGUGGGCAGUUUAUAGCUUUUCUUCUAUGAAAUUGCUAAAUCGUGUGCCUGAAGAUUACACUGAUUAUCAUUGCAGCUUUUUGUUUUAAUUUAAAAUUAUUUGGUCCGGGUCGUGUUGCAUUUUAAUAAUACCUGAAGAUUUGUAUUUAUUUUUAUGCUGUGUAUAGGCUUGCCAAGGCAAUAUUUGUAGUUUAAGAUAAUUCAAAAUAUCCGUAAACUAACUGAACGAAUUUUAGUUAGGCAGAAAUUUGGAAAGGAAAAGGAACCUAUAAAGAUAAGUGCACUGUGGGGUCGACUUAAAUCUAUAUACUUUAGUGUAGAUGACAUCAACAACACUUAAUUGUUCCUCUGCUAAAAUCAUCUACACAUUCUCAUUUCUUUUUUUAAAAGUCAAAGGUUCACAGAGAGAAGUUCACUGUACAGCGCAUUCUAGCAACGAUGCGUUUGAGAGCACAGUGAUAGUUUUACAGAGAUGCUUUUUGCUUUUGGGGUUUUGUAUAUCGAAUGUUCAUACCUUUUUCUAGUGUAUUAAUCAAUUUUUUAAAUGGAAUGGCUUGAUUUAUAGCUCACUUAUAACUUGUAGUUGAACAUGUAGUUGACGUUUGGUGUCGGUUCAAAGUUCCAGCAACAGUGUGAUACAGUUAAUUGUUGUUUUUGAACUGUUGAGCCGUGAAAUCCCUUUGUGGCUCUUAAAUGGAUUGGGAUACUCUCUUUCGAGAACAGUUGUUGAUUUAUGUGUUUAAUGACACAUUUAAAGGGUCUGAACUUUGUUAUUAUGGGAUGUUGUGGCAAGAGUAUAAAUUUAUUGUUAAUGCUGACAACCUCAAGUUAUUGCGGUGUUUCCUGUUUGCAUUUACUUAAAUAAAGUAUGUAUAAUCUUCUGAUUGUUAAACACAGUUUUUCAAUAUUGUGACUACAAUAAUGCUGUCAGCCUGUGAUUGACUUAGAUGCAGCAGAUUUAUACAGUUUCGUUCAGUGAUACUUUUCCUCAACUAAUUAGUGCGGUAAAUCAUAAACUAUAUUACAUAUAUUGAAAAAAUCACAGUUCCUUUGUAAAUACUGAUGAUAAACGUUGCUAUUAGCGCUUGUGGUUUUUGUGGAUCAUCAUCCUCGUCAUCAUCAUUACUAUCAUCACCAUCAUCAUCAUCAACCUUAUCUGGCAGCAGCCGGACACGAAGCAAAGUGACCCACUCGUGGGUCGUUGGUUUUGUGCUCUUUCUAAGACAUACGAGGCAGUCUCCUUAGUCACUUGAUUUCGAAUGGUUGGAUCCGUCUUCCGUCUCCUGUGAGCGAAGUUCAGGCUUCACAUCCGUACAGCAGGAUGGAGACGAUGAGGGACUUGUACAGCGCCAUCUAUUGGUGGUACAAUAAUUCAGCCAAUAUUUCUAAUCCAGCUAUUCUGUUUAGUACACAAUCUAGACUGUGCAUUGCUGCUAAAUCUGUUAUGAUUAUGCGACAAAUAAUCAUAGCAUAAAAUAAAGAGAAUGAUCAUUGGCUACUUCGAUUGUCAGAAACCCAAUGUUUCGCAUUUUGGAUUGUUAGAGGCGACAUCAUGGGAUUGCCAUUUGUUGUGCUAUUAAAAGUUCAGCUGCGUUACUUUGUCUGUUGAAAUGAUUUAUUUGGAUUCUUUUUUGAGCAACAUCUUGAUGAUGUGAUCUUUAAAAAGUCAUUGUAAAUAAAGGAGACGGGUUAGACAUUUUUAAAAUCAAUAAAGCAUUGGAAAAUGUU